AUGUCCACGUCCCCCGAUACUGGAAGAGGCUUUGGUAAUACCCUCUCCGGUGGCAUUCAAGACGUGUCUGCUCUUCUCCCUCUUCUGGGCACUGAGCAAUGCGAACGGCAUGUAGGGUCUGCUCUUGACAAGGGAUUUCUUUACGCAGCGGCGACACCUUUAUCGAUUUUUGGAAGCCUCGGGAUUGUCAAGACAGCCUUUGCGACAGUACUUGCAACUACGACAUAUCCAUUUCGUGGUGCGAAUUGGUUAGCUGAUGCUGGCUUUGCUUCUACGGGAACGGUCUCCUCUCUUGUCACAAUCCAGAAUGGGACGGUGGAAUACGGUGCCGAGAAUUGUUUGCGCCAGCUGCUGGAUGACCAGCAUAUUGGGGAUCCUGAGCUUAUUUCUAGUGUGGAUUGGUCAGGUUGGGAAAGACGGGUAGUAGACGCCGAAGCAAAUUCCACAAAACGCGUCGUUCCAUGGAAUUUGAAACUGAUACUGGCGUCUGCACUUGGAUCCAUGAUCAGCAUGACACCUUAUCUAUACCUCAUCAGCAGCACAUGGGGUGAACCCCUCGCAUGGCUGUUUCCUGCUCUUCGAUCGUUCGGUUCGUUCCUGUGCGUCGUAUGCAUCCAGCUGGCGCUCCAACUCCGAAUCCAUCGCAUUGUCCAGUCACGGCUCCUGUUGAUGAAAUUCCAGAAACGGUCUCCCAGUAAUAACACAGGUCCAAAAACUCUAGAGAACGAACUUCAUGCUUACUUUUUUGGACACGAUUCAAAGGCAUCAUUCCUGAGUCUUGUUCACCUCCGUCCUCGUAUCGGAGAUCUCGAAAGAGCUAGUUGCAAGGGUAACUCCGAUUGCGACGAGAUGGAACGACAACACGCAGCUACCUUGCUGAGCUUUGACUGGCUCCUCUUCCUUUAUCAAGUUAUGAUCAUCAUUGGAAUGGGCAUGGUAGUAGCAGGUUACAUCGGCUGCUUCAAUCUUGUCGGGAGUGUGGAUAUCGUCAGUGGUCCUUACGUAUGGGUUGGAUUGGAAUCACUUCUCUCAUUAGUGAGGAUAUCGCUCUGGGGCUUGAAUCCGGCUUGGGAUGAGAGCACUGGGUUGAGGUUAUCGCUCCGGUUAAUUUCCAAGGAUAUGCCAGCUCCCCCCGAAACCGAGGAUUCCGAUAAAGGAGCUUCUCUCUCUUACUUCCCCCUCAUAACAAGCCCUACUCCUAUUGAUUUUGUGGAAAAAAGGCGGCAUCACCCGAACUUUCGUGGAGUUACUUUUGUUGCUCACCCUGAAAGCGAGUUCUUGGGCGCUGCCACAUCAUAUACCGGACCUCUAAAUCGCUUCAAAUCAGACGACAUCUCCUCUCUCCUCUAUGCUGUGCUUAACCUCGGUACGGCAAAAAAAGUAUUGUGCACAGUUGUUGUCCUUGCGCACUCUCGUGCUUCAAUAUGCCUGGUUUUUGACGACGCCCACUCCUGGGCGAUCUCGUCCACCUACAAGUUGCUCCCCGGAACGACCACUCUUCUGGUAACGUUCGAGGAUAUAAUAGAAGAAACCAGCAUUUUAAUACCUCGGGAAGUUUAUGAUAUGGUUUCUAGUCACGCCCGGAACCUAGCAUCUCGGUUUUUUGGUUUACCGCGUACCGAACUGGCUAUCAAAUGGGACCUCACUACCAUCCAAGCCAAUUCAAUGUCCAGCGAUGAGAGGAUUGUUGUCGACUCCUUGACGGCGCACGACAAGCAAUACAGGGCGACUAAGAUUGAAAACUGGACGCAGAAAAUUGUCUUUAUGAGGCGAAGAAGACGAAUUCUGGAGCAUCUGAAGGACACCGCAGAAUCAACGAUGAGCGAAAAUUCUUCUCUCGUGCACAAGUUGCACCUAUUCUUAUUCGAGAGCUUCAUCUUGGAGAUGGAUUUGUGUCUGCAGGACCACGAGUUCGCCGAAAGACGAGCCUCCGAUAGGUCUCUUAUUCGCCGGCUUGCCCCUGAAUGGACACUCGGGAUGCAACAGCGCAUAAGUGAAGAGAUGCAGAUGAUAGAGUCGCUGUGCCCAGACCCGGACCAUUUACCUUUUGUGAUAUGGAACGAGCUUCAGUCAGGUCUUCAAAUGUUACGAGAGUCGGAAGACUUUGUGAAGGUGCUGCGGUGGAUGGGCGAUUAUGUUAGAAACCUGAAGAUGCCAUUGGAGUCAGUAAAACCUCCCCCAGUAUAUUUCGAGGACGCGUUGGGGGGCCGCUCCUUAUUCGUUCUCUGGGCACGGAUUUCUGGUGCAUGGGUUUCCGAUGCUACUGAGAAAGCCAAGUUCGAGCAGGAGUUCCAUUUCGCUUUACUGAGACUCAAGACACUCUUGACUCGUGGCUUUUCUCGUUCAGCGGUUGCGGGAGACGUUCUUUGCUCGUCUUCUUGUUUCUUCAAGCCUUAUCUGGCCAUGGAUGAGGUGUCGGAUUAUCACUUGUUUGGUCUCUCGCGGAGCAAUGCCCCGUGCGUAUUGCAAUUGGGACCGGAGGACCCGAAAUCGACUCUCGGUCAGUUAGCCUCCCUGGAUACAAUGCAUCAACUCACCACUCUCGAUGUCGUUCAUGUUCCGACAACACCCGAAUUCCCUGAUCUUCUCUUGGGAGUCCUUGAAAAACACACUAAUAUAGUGGCUCUGUCAUGUCCAAGACUUCUUGAUGAUGCUUUGAAAACCCAGCUCAUUCAAGAACGUGUAUUCAAGAAUCGAGAAAUGUGGAAGGAAAAGGCUAGCCAACGGAAUGCAGAAUUCCAGUAUCUGGUUGGAUUCGAAGCAGAUAACCCGUUCGGCGUGGAGGAGCAAAGUAAUCCGGCAUGGGAGCUUAUGGCUAUGUCGAGAACAGAGCCAGAGGAGGAAGUUGCGAAGACACUCACGGCGGAACAGGAUGUGUUGUGUCUACACGAAGGUCGUGUCGAAUGCCUGAUCUUAGUCUACACCCCAACUUCUGGUCGUGUAACAUUCACCUUUCGCGCUCUGGCAGAAGAUUACGACGAAGGUACCUGGAAGGCAGAUGGAGUUCAGGUCGAGGUUCGUUUGAAGGGUGGCGCAGAGACGGAGUGGACGUAUGUUACGGAGUCGCGACGGGACUCUCUUGCGCUUGACAAACCACUCCAGGUCGUGGUUGAACUGGGAAAGGGGGAUUACGAAGUUCGGAUCAGGCUAUCAAAAAGCUAUAGUCCUGACGAUUUCUUUGGCGGGAAUGUUGUCAAACUACAAGGGCUAAUGGGCGCGGAUUUCUUAUCAGACUCAAGAGUCGGAAGUUGA